CCGCUCUCUCUCUCUCUGCCUCUCUCCCUAUUCUGGACAGCUGAACAAUCAAAACAAAAUGGGGAGCUUUUGGCGCUCGCCUUUUCGGCUUUGUCGCCGAGCUUUGCGUAAUUUUUUAUCAAUCGGUCAAGAACGUUUGUCGAGCGCAGAGCCCAAAAAAAAAGUUAAGGGAACACUCCACUUAAUUCUUUUCUCGCGAUUCUACAAACAUACACUCAUACAUACACCUUUACGGCAAGGUGUGAUAAUCAAAAUAAUAAUAAAAAAAAAUAAAAAUAAAAACCAUUGAAAGAGGGAGUAGAGAACAGAAUCGUGUGCAAAUUGAAAGAAAAAUCAUAUAAAUAGUUUGUUUGCCAUCAAUUAAAACAUGUUUCUGGUAUCGGUUUUGAUAUAAAAAACUAUUGACAAAAAAAAAACCACCUCCGCUCUAGAUGAGCGCCAACUCGAACACGAACUCGUUUCCGAGGCAACUGAAACAUAGAAAUCAUUAAGAGACAACCACUAAUUUGCAUAAAUUAAUAAAACCGACAAACAUAAACGCUGCCAAACUUGACGAAUGCGUUGGAAUUCGUCUACAGAAUUAUUAUAUAUGUAUAAACCGCAUUAUAUACAGACAUACAUACAUAUAUAAAUAACAUAUAUAUAUUCUUAUUAGAAGCACACUCCAUAACCGAAGAGAGCGGGACGACGGGCAGCUGUCGAAAGCCCCAAAAAGCCGAACGAAUCAAGUUCGGCUCCCCGAUCGGCUCCAUUGCCGAUCAGUUGUUCGCAAAGCGCUCAACUGCUCGGUCGCACCUCGGACAUCCCCCAUUUGCAAAAUUGACAACAAAACACCCCGCGAACUGAAACUGAAAAAAUCUUACAAAAAAACAGAGUUGUCCUAUAAUUUGUUGUAAAUUUUUGCCAUUAAUUAAAAAACGAGUUCCACGUAAAUAUUAUUGAGUGCGGUCUUUGCAGAAUUAAGAGUUCGAAACAGUACCCAAGUACUAGUAAUAAAAUAAAAACUAAAUUGUUAAAUUGUCGCAAGCGAUAAGAUUUACUCGACGCUCUUAUCACACCCAUAUACCGAAGUGUUUAGUUUGGUCUGAUCCUCCGGAUGAUACGCAUUCGUCGGGCUAAUGUUGCUUCCACUAUAUGUAUAAAUUUCUGUUUUAAUCGCCACAUGUGUGACCUAGUUUAAAAAAAAAACACUCAAACACACACGCACCACAGAAAAUAACAAUGAAAUUUACAUAUAAACGCGUCCCCCCUCCCUUUCAACUUGAUUCGGACUGUGCCCAUGCAUAAUAAUUAAUAAAAAAAAUAAAAAACGAGGAAGAAUUAAACAAAAAUAAAAUAUCAAUUAAUUUGUGUUUAAACUUUUGUGCAUUUAAUGUGAAAUCUUCAAGGAAGUAAAAACGCUCUUACAACAAAUCAGAAGCACAGAAUUUCAUUUCUUUUCUUGUUUAAAAAAUAAAAUCAACAAGAGAGAGAAAACUUGGAAGUUAACUGCGCAAUCGCAGCGCAGUUGCAGGGCAACUUGCUUCCAUUUUGGAAGUCAUCAACUGGGUGGGUGAGCAACUGGAGCAAAGGAUUCUCCCUCUACAACAAAUAAGAAAAAUAUUAUAAACAUGACAGAGAACCAGUUGUAUCCCAUGUCAUCGGAAUUCUUUGACACCGGUUCCAAUAGCAGCAGCAACACACUCAAAUACGAUCUUUAUUCGCUGGGAUCUAGUGUUGUGGGUGCCCUGCCCACGUUGACAAUCAACACGGGCUACGGUAGCAGCAACUCCAACAACAACAACAACACUAGUAGCAACCACAGCAGCAGCAGUAGCAGCAAUUGUUCCACAAGCACCACCAACACCUGUAAUGUAAUGCUAAGCACAACAGCCAUAACAAUACCACGAAGCAACAACCAUCAUAAUCCCUACCAGCAGCAGCAACAUCAUCUCAGUCAGCUUCUCUCCUUGCCCAGCAUGACCCACCAGCAGCAUCAUCCCCAACAGCAGCAGCAUCAGCAGCAGCAGCAGCAGCAGCAGCAGCAACAGCAGCAACAGCAACAUCAGCAGCAGCAGGAGCAGCUGCAGCAGCAUCCACAGUUGGCGCUGGGUGAGCUGUCGGACUUCGGGCUGGAUGCCUUGGACGCGACUUCCUUGUCGCCCACUCUGCUGCAGGAUGUGAGCCUCAGUGCCGCAUCGCCACUCAACACCACCCUUUACAAUGGGAACAGCAGCAAUGCCAGUGUGGGUGGAGGAGGAGCUGGGGGCUCUGUGGCUGGGGAUAGUGGCCUGGGCGGGGGAUUCUUCGCUCCGGACAUAUCCCACAGCCUCAGUCUGAACGUAGUCACCGAGCAGGUGAUGGGGAACGACGGAUUGCUAUACGGGAUGACGCCCAACUCGAAUGCCAUGUGGAGCGACAUCAGUAGUGCCAUUACCAAACACGAGCCAUUCAGCCUGGACGACGACUACAUCUUUCCCAACGACAAGGCCGAGAUCCAGGCGGCCGAUCUGUCCGAUUUGAACGGCGGCGACUUCUUGGACGUCAUCGGGAACAUUGAGGACUUCUUGCCCCAAACCACUGUCUCUCAGAGUGUCAACUUUCUGCUCUCGCCGCAGGCCCAGGGUCAGGACACCCUGGUAGCACCGCCCAUGGAGCUUCUGCAGCAACAGAAUCAGAAUCAAUCUAAUCAGUUGCAAGUUGGCAGCCUUCCACAGCUGCAGACGCUCCUUACACUCAACCAACAGCAGCAGCAACAGCAGCAGCAGCAGAACAGUUCCUUAACUAGUCCAUAUGAGAUCUACCACAGCACGCCCCAGAAGCCACAACAGCAGCAGCAGCUCUCCGCCAGCUUCUCGCCCGGUAGCCAGGCCUCCCAGUCGCCAUUGACGCCGCCGCCACCGCCGCACGCCAAUCGGCCGCAGUACCAGCAGGUCAAGUCGCGCAACAUGCAGGAGCUGAUGAAGAAGGGCUUCCCCAUGUCCUCGCCCACAGACCGUUCCAUGCUCAGUCAGUCGGCGGCUCUCAGUCCGGGCGGAAGCAGUGGCUUUGGCAGCUCCGCCUCCGGAAACAGUACGGUCGGCAGCUCCCAGACACCGGGAGGAGCUGCUCGCAAGUCGUUCGGCUUUCAGGGCGCCGCCGACAGUUCACAGUUGAGCCGGCUGAGCUCCUCAGCACCCACGCACCUGGGACUCGAACACAUCUGGAUGCGCAGGGAGCCGCGACAGCAUUUACUCUCCACCGGCUCGCUGGCCGAGGCCGAGAGCUUCUCGUCGCUAAGCACCGGCAGUGUUCUGUCGCCCGAUGGAGUGGAUUUCUCGCAGGACGACGAGGACGACAACUCCAGCGAGAACAGUGACAACUAUGAUGACUUUAGCAGCGAUAAUGGUGGCUCCGGGGAUGAGGAUGAGACGCGUACCUCCACGCCGAAUCACUUGUCGAGCAGCAAGGGCAAGGAGCGCUUCUUCUGGCAGUACAAUGUCCAGGCCAAGGGACCCAAGGGCAAGAGGCUGGUCUUCCAAUCGAAGCUUGAGGAUCCCCAUGUGCUUAAUGAAGUAACCGAUCCGGUCUUCAGUCCCACCUGCUCUGUAAGGGGCAUCAAGGUGUAUAAGCACAGCGGAAAGGCCCGAAAGGGCGAUGGCAACGACCUGACCCCCAACGCCAGGAAGCUGCACAGCAUUGGCAAGGAACUGGACAAACUCAGCAGGACAAUUAACGACAUGACACCCGUCUCCGAGCUGCCCUUCAACGUUCGUCCCAAGUCGCGCAAGGAGAAGAACAAGCUGGCCUCCCGCGCCUGCCGCUUGAAGAAGAAAGCCCAGCACGAGGCGAACAAAAUCAAGCUCUUUGGCCUUGAAAUAGAACACAAGCGCCUGAUGAGCGGCAUUGCCGAGUUGAAGCAGGCUCUGGCCCUGAAGCAUCGUACCAAGAGUUUGGGCGAGUCCACCGAAGAAGUGGAUCAACAAAUUGCACGCAUUUAUGCCACAGCAUCAUCUGGAAUCCGCAUUGCUGGAGGUUCAACGGAUUUUGUGAAUAAGGUGCUGGAGAAUAUGAGGGGCGGCAUGCCAAAUGGUGGCCUGGAGGAGCUGCGCAAAUCAUCAUAGACCAAAAAGAAAAAUAAAUAUAAAGCUAAGGAACCGCCCAUCAUGAUUAGUUUUAGCCAGUCUACAUAGGACUCCAUAGAUAUGCCCCAAAAAAAAAAAAACAACAACAUAAUACCUACAUAAAAUCUACAGAAAAUGUCAAGCUAAAACCGAUUCAGUAGCAGAAUGACUUUGGAUUUGGAAUGAGAUAUAUGUUCUGUUAUUAUAAAUUGUUCUGCAUGAGUGAUAUAAUAUCGAUAACCGAGAUAUAACUGUGAUUUAAUGAGCCUGGGCUUAGUAUGUUUUGUAUGGCAGGAAAUAGAGGAAAUAUUUUAUAAUUUUCACGACCACAAACCGUCAAACCAGAGCCAGAAAAAAAAAAACAAAAAACAAAAAAGAGAGAAACAAAAUUCCUUUUUGAAAAUGCAACAUUAAUUCUUAAUUCGAUACAAACAACACACAAAAAAAAUGUAAAGAAAGAGGCAACCACACAAAACACUAAACACUAAAAAACUAAAAAAUGAAAGAUAAAAAAUACGAAAUUUUGUUUAGAUGAUAAGAUUGUUAAGAAGGGGAAAAAAAGAGUUAGAUGAGAGCAUGUAGAUUGCUACCAGUUUUACCUGCUUAAUGAAUAAGGUCUUUUUUAAAUGAUUUAAUUUGAAAUGAUUGGGGAAUCGAGAUAUGAAAUGCUAAAUAUCAAUCGAACAUAAGUUAUAUACAACUGCGAUUUAUCUGUUUAAGUUUUGAAUGCUAUAUUAACUACAUCUAUAUAAUUUGGUUCAAUGUUUAGUCUGUACGUCUUUACAUCCUGCUAACUAUGGAGAAUGAGCUUUUAUAUAGAACAUAUAUAUAAUAUCUAUUUACUACAUUUAUCGGUAAACCUAUUUGUUUUUGGCAAACAUCCAAUAUAUAUAUAUAUUUUAAUGGUCCUAGGAUUUUGUUUUUAAGUUUUUUGAUUUUGUUAAAAGCAAGCUUGCUUGAUUAAUUUACUUAUAUGGAAUAACUAUACUUUAUAAACCUACAUAUACAUACAUGCGUGGUGAUAUAAUUUUAAUUUUCUUUUUAUGCUUUUAUUUCUUGAUGUUUAACUCUAGGUUCGAUUCAUGCUUGUACUCUAUAACUGAAAUAUGUAUAUUUUUAAGUUUUUCUAUUCAUAAUAUUUUCAUACGAAAUACCUUCAAUAUAAAUCAUAAUUUAUUAAUUUUUAGGCGCACAUGAUGAAAAUAUUUAACAAAAAAGGCUUCAAUUUUUCAGUUUUUUUUAAUUUUUCACUCUUCGCGGGCUACUCCAAAACAAAAAAAAAAUCUUUUGUAAAAAAAAAAUACAAGAAAAAACCAACAAAAAACUUAAUCAAAUUUUGAGUUUUAUUCUUAAUUCUGCUUCGAUGCUAUUUUUGUGAUAUUUGUAUUCAAUUUUUCUUUAUUGUGUAGUUUUUUUUUUGUGGCGGGAUAUAUACUUCGUUUUGGGAUAUAUACGUACUUUCCAUGAACUAUUUUGUAGCCUUUCUUACUGCUAUUUGUUGCUUAACGAGUUGUGUUCAGUUGAUAUCAAAAGAAUUAACUUUCGGAACUAAGAACUACAUUCUAACUGGGGGAAAAAAAUGAAUAAUAACAGAUUGAGAAUGAGAACGAAAAUACAAAUUACAAAAGUGAUUCAAGUUAAAAACUUAGAACUUAGGUACUCGUAUCACCCACAGCGAUGAACACGUGAACAUAACAAAUUGUAGUUGUUAAUUCUAGGCUUAAAACAAGUACAACAAAAAAACAAAAUUAAACGCACAUAAAUUAAAACACUAAAUUGGCCAUCCAGUUUUUAGGGUUUUCAAAUUCAUGUCCUGGGAGCUUAACCUCAUAACAUAAGUGAUAAGAAUUCAAAAUUACAAUUUAGAUGUUUAGGAGAGAAGAGAGAAAAAAAAAGGAUAAUGGGGAGAUCCACCACGCCCAUUCACGCCCAUUUACACUCACCUACACACAAAGUACAAGCGCAAGCAAAAAAUUAAAAAAUAUAUACAUACAUAUAGUAUGCACUAUGCAUAUUAUCAUAAUUAAGAAGUCAGAGUUGAUUAGGUCUUAGGUUUGGGCUUUGUGUAGAGAAAGUACAGAAACAGAAUUCAAGGCGAAGCAGCAUUGAAAUAAGCACGACAGUUCCUCAGUGUUUAAUAUUGUAUGAUUAACAUAUUAAAUAUAUAUAAUUGUAAUUAUAUAUGUGUAUAUGAAUACAUAAUGAAACAAACCAUUUAUACCUAAAUGUUACGGUUAUUGUAAAUGUGUGUGCUUUAUAUAAAUGUGCUUCAGAGAAACCAAUUUUAUAUAUUUAACGAAACUAAGCAAACUACCUCAAAGAACAUUAUGGAAAAGAAGUUCAAGUUUCAGAUUCGAUAAAACGAAGCAACCGAAUUACAAAUUACCAAUUACCAAUUGAGAACUAAAUAUAAUUUAUAUACAAUACAUAAUAACAACAACAACAAAAAAAACCAAGAGCCUGAUUCAUGUGUCCAUUUAAAGCAUAUAUACAUAUAUAUAUAUAUAUCUAUAUUAAUAACAAUAUUUGUGUAUUUUCAAAUUAUUUAAAAAUUUAAAAUUUAAAAUUAGGUAUGAAACAAAAAUGGAAAUUGAAAUUGAAAAUUAGAUAGUUCUUCGGUCAGCCGGAGGAUCAGAUUCCGACAACGAACCAGAACCAAAUAAUAAAAGAUAUAACAUUUAUUUGAAAACUCCGAAACUUGAUUGAUGAAAAUUAUAAAAUUAAGAAAGCAUGAAUAAAUAUUGAUAAAAAAAAAAAAAA